AGAAAGUUCAGAGUUCAUAAACUAGAAGAGAUAAAACAAUCAUGUCUAGUUCUGGAAUAGCUUCUCGUUGGAGAAAACUUAGCGGCGAGGAUAACUGGAAGGAUCUGUUGCACCCUCUCGAUAACGAUCUCCGCCGCUAUCUCAUCCACUAUUGUCAAAGGGCCGGAGCCGCCGGUGAUGCUUUCAAUGGGACUAGGGCAUCGAAGGGUUAUGCACAUACCCUAUAUCCUGCUGACGAGUUUUUCGCUAGGGUUGGUCUCGAAAAUGGUAACCCUUACAGGUAUAGAGUGGUGAGCUUCAUAUAUGCUGCUACCGCUGCGCAUGAAAUAGCGUAUUUCGGAUACGUCGCGGUGGCAACGGAUGAAGGAAAAGCCGUGCUGGGGAGGAGGGACAUUCUCAUUUCAUGGAGAGGGACCAUAACGAACACCGAAUGGGGUAACGAUGCUAAUCUUUUUCAAACAUCGGCUAAAGAAUUGUUCGGAAAUGACUUUAUUCAGGUGCAUUCUGGUUUUUACAACACCUAUACGAAGUCGAUUGAAGAUUCCCCUUAUGUCAAAAUCAGCGCCAGGGAACAGGUUCGUAAAACGUUGCAGCAGCUAGUGAAUAUGUAUAAGGACGAGGAGGUGAGCAUAACUGUGACAGGCCAUAGUUUGGGAGCUGCACUUGCAACCCUAAACGCCAUGGACAUAGCUCACAAUGGUUUCAAUAAGCCUGCAGGCAAUUCGAAUAAGGCCAUCAUGGUGACUGCUUUUCCGGCCGCCAGCCCGCGCGUCGGGAACCUGUUCUUCAAAGGCGUUGCCGAUAAUCUCAAGAAUUUUCAUAUCCUACGGAUGGUGAACUCGACGGACCCAGUUCCUAAGGUCCCAUUUGCACCUGGAAUAUACUUCCAUGUGGGAGAACAGUUAGAUCUUGACACGACCAAGUCACCCUACUUGAAAUGGAACAUUAGUCCUCACAAUUUGGAGGCUUACCAGCAUGCAAUUGCAGGGGUGCAGGAAAAGGGAGAAUUCAAACUGGAAGAAGACCUUAACUUUGAUAAUAACACCAUAAACAAAUACACUGAUGGUUUACUGGACGAAUACAAAAUACCAGAUAACUGGUGGAAUAAGGAAAUGUUCAAAAACAUGGUUCAGGGAGACGAUGGCCACUGGAAGUUCCAUGACGUUGCGUUUGUGCCAGAGCCUUCAAUUGCUUAAGCGGAUCCAUCGUUGCAUGUCAAACGAGUAUAAGAUCGAAUAUCUUAUGUUAUCAUUAAAAUAAAAUCAUGUAAAACCAGUAUUGUAUCUGUUUCCUGCAAAAAUAAGAACCUCUACUUAUCUAAGUAGAUGGGAUUUCUCAAGUUUAAAUAAAGUUGGACGUUAAGCCUCUUUCGUCCAACACGAUUGUGCUGUCUUAA